AUGUUGCCGCCGUCGGAUCUCCGGCGCUACUUCGCACUGCGCAGCUGUCGGGCGGGCUCGCUGGACUUGAGCGUGACCGCCGACGGCCACCCGCUGGCGGGAACGGAUCAGGUGCAUCCGUGUUUCCGCUGUCCGCCGCUGGGCUGCGCUUUCAGGCCGCGGAUCUGCCAGAAGAUGGAUGCGGAGCCGAUCGCCCUGCAGUCUCCUGAGCUGACGUCUACCAACCGCUUCGUGGAGCGCCGACCAAUACCGCAGGUGACUGAGGAUGUAUUCCAUGCCGAUCAUUUAGAUAAUCUCAUCGGCCUCGUGACCAACUUGGGAAAGAGUCACUUUUACCCAGGGUCGCUUUUGCGUGUGGCCGACUAG